CUUGCCGAUCCAACUCGCAUCACGACCAGGGAAACAUCUAGUAGGCGGGAGCAGCACCAACGUGGAAACGAGGAAACUGUUCAUAGUGCCGGCUCUUUGUCAUUUGUUUCUUCUGAUAGAGGUCCUCCUGGACGCGACGAAAGCGACACUUCGGCACCUAAGCAGGAGGAGCAUCAAGUUGUAGAACAGGAUUCGAGAUUAAUAGUACAACCCGAAGAGCAGGAAACAUCCACAACGGUAACAAAGACGAGAACUUCAGACAGUAAGAACAGCAUCAAGACGAGCACUUGCGGCUCCAAAACCAACACGUCGAACAAGAACGCUACUAGCACAGCAGCAUCAUCAAGUACUAGGUCCUCGAAGGAGCACCUUGCGGAGGAGCUGAUUCCGCUCUUUUUUUGGUACGACUCGACGCACAUUUGCCACACGCAGCCCUAUAAGGAGCUGAUUCGGAAAGAAUGCAAACUCGGCCAGUUCAUCGAGUCGACCUACGGGUUUCGCAUGGAACAGGAGGUAAAGGAGGACGGGAUGGCGGGAAGAUGGAACUUUGACCACCACUUGAACAAGUACGGGUGCUUUCUCUUCCACGACCCGGCCGUCGGCGUGCUGAAGCCGAUCGUGGCGCACCUGCACGGGCGCAUGUUCUGGUCCAAGGACGAGCGCGUGGCACGAGGCUGGCCCGCGGUGCCCUUGUUCAGUAAAUACGAGAGGCUAGCGCGGCUGGAGGGGGGCAUCGUGCCCGAGGAAACGGUGUGUGAGGACGGAUUAGACGACGUGGAGCGGGAUCGCCGGCGCGCCGACCCGGAGAAAGCGGUGGAGGAAGACGAGGGGUAUCUGUGGCAGGAACUCUUCGACUAGGACCACGGCGCGUGAUGUAUGUAGAAUUCAUCCGAAUUAUAAUUUUCAAUCGAUGGUACUGCUGGUGCAAUCGCAGCUGCAGUUGUGCCUCGUUGCUGUUACUCGCAGUCUGUCACAGUGAGUUCGUGUGGUUGUAUAAAGAAGUAGCCAAAAUCUACUCACUCUCUGUAUCAGUAUCAACCCAAAAGUUGUAUAUUUUUUGUUUUUCCUGCAGAAGUAGAAAGAACGUGCGAAAUAAAGUGGACGAAGCAUCGCUGUAUUCCACAUCGUUGGAGAUUGUUGUUGCAAGAUGAACCGCGACUAUGUUUGUACAAAGAACGUGCUAGUACUUCAGACGACUUGUUGCAGCUUGUUCCUGUUGUAGUUUUACGAAAAAAACUGUGUCGCAUACGGACAAUCAU